CUUGCAGUAUUCAGUUCUGAAGAGAAGACUUCAACAACAAGUCCAUCCCCUGCAAAUGAAAUAAAUAUGCAGUAAAUGGUGGCUCAGGAAAAGCAACUGACGAAUCUCUUCCAGGAAAAGGUUCAAGAACAGUCAAUAUGCUGAAGGAGAUCCAGAUGUACCUGUGCAUCAUCUUUCUUUUUGCAUUUGGGAUAUUUUAUGAACUCUCUCUGGAACCAGACUGCUUCUUUUUCUGCAAACCUAUUUCCAAGCAGCUCCUGAUUCCCAAAGAUGUCAUGUCACAGGGCAGAAGUAUCAUAUUUUUGGAGACAACUGACCGGUUAAUUCCUCCUCCACUGGUUUUAUGUUCUGUGGAAUCUGCUGCCAGAAUGUAUCCAGAUAGGCCAAUCAUUUUCUUUUUGAAAGGCUUGGGCAACAACACAAUGGUGGAUUCCAGGAUUCCAGCGCUAUCUUCCUUGUCUGCUCUGAAGAAUGUUUUCCUUUUCCCCCUUCAGAUGGAUAUUUUGUUCCAGGACACACCUCUACUCCCAUGGUACCUCCAGGUCAACACAACAGAGGAGAAGGACUGGCCCUACAUUAGCUCUGAUGCAUGUAGGCUUGCAAUGAUAUGGAAAUAUGGUGGGAUCUAUAUGGACACAGAUGUCAUUUCCAUCAGACCCAUCCCAGAAGCUAACUUCCUGGCAGCACAGUCCUCCCAGUUCUCCAGCAAUGGAAUCUUGGGCUUUCAACAACAUCAGCAGUUCCUCUGGGAUUGUAUGGUAGAUUUUGUUCAGAACUACAAUGGAUCUAUUUGGGGGAACCAGGGUCCUCUCUUAAUCACUCGGAUGCUAAAGAAGCUGUGCAAACUCUCAGAUUUUGAGAAUAUGGUGGAUCAGAGAUGUCACAACAUUUCCUUCCUGCACCCCCAACGCUUCUAUCCUAUCUCCUACCAAAAAUGGGAGAAGUACUAUGAAGUGUGGGACUCUGAACCAGACUUCAAUAACUCCUAUGCUCUGCAUCUAUGGAACUUCAUGAACCAGAAAAAGAAAAAUGUGACCACUGGAAGUAAUACACUAGCAGAAAACCUGUUCAAAACUUAUUGCCCUGCUACUUACAGUACCCUUGUUCAAACUGCUCAAGGAAGUUAUCAGAUGCCUCUAAAUAAAACUAGUUGAGUUUAAGGAAACUAGAUGGUUUCAUGCUUUACAAUUAUAAAGGCUGAUGUGCAGACUAAGUUACUCAAUAGUACAACCCAGGAGCUACUCUAUAAAACUACUUAAUUUAAUAGAACUACUCAGACUUAAUCUGCAUGCCAGCAGAUGAUUCUAAGAAUAUAUUAUAGAUCAUAACAUUUUAACCUUUUACUCUCAAACACUUACACAGACUACCAUUUAGAAUCUCUAAUGUGAUCAGAAUGUAUGAAAUGAAUUGAGAAUGACUGAAUUCACAAAUAUAACUUGUUUUUAGGAUUUCUUUCAGAGGCUAAAUUACCCAAUACUUUUUUUCUUAGCACUAGCUCAUGCUGGUAGUACUGCAAUGGCAGUAGUCUGAUAGUCAACCACCGUGUUACAGAGGAAAGCAUGUU